AGUCUUUGUUAUUUCAAAUUAGAUGCACAAAGUAUCACUUGGUAUGAGCCUCCUCCAGUUACGACAGUUUCAGACCGUAGCGUUGUUCACACAAGCAAAAUAGAGCUUUAUGAAGAGUCUACCAACGAGCAGCUGAGCUGGAGGUUUAGUCUCACCGAAACAGUUAUAUAUGUGACUUUAGAAUUAGAGGGUACUGGUGUGGUAGCUACCAUAUUGCCGUCAGCUGGAGAUGUUAGUGUAAACCAAGCCUUUACCUCUAGACUCAACGUAACCUGGGUCACUGGGCACAUUACUCUCAUUUUCUUUAAUGUGUCUACUUCCGAUGAAGGAGUAUUUAGCUGCCAGCUGAGUGUUCCUGGAAACUGGUGGAGAAGUAAAAUUGAAGUGUUUGUUUUAGGUGAGGUUAUUUCAUUGAAUAUAAUUCUGUUGAAAGCCUACGUCAUCCAUUCUUAGUCGUUCAAGGGUACGAAGUAUCUAACGGAAAUUAGCUAGAGCCUGUGGGCACUAAAUAUCUCUAAUUAUAAUCAACGUUAUUGGUAGAUUGUGCAAGGUUAUAUCUUUUAUUAUGAUUUUUAAUUUAGUAUAUGAUUAUAAUUGAAAAAUAAUAUGCGUUGUCUUGUAUGGUAAUCUUACUUGACAGUAAUUUACCAUUUUUGUCAUUUUUUAGCCCCACCCAGGUUCAUUGAUGUAAGCAGUGAUAAGUCUUUGCGAGAAGGUCAUCAUCUGCAACUGAUCUGCGAUGCAUCUGGCAGACCAACUCCAAAUAUCACCUGGGUAAAAGGUGGUAGUGAGAGUGAUGUAUUACACAGGGGUUCCACUUGGGAUUUUAAAAACAUCAGCAGGAUUGAGGCAGGUAUUUACCGCUGUACAGCUUACAAUGGAGCAGGAAAUCCAGUGAGUCAUACACUACGAGUGAAUGUGCAGUGUGAGUACAUGUAAAUGGCAUGUUUCCACUUAUAUAUUAUUAUUUAUACACUUUUAAAAGUCUUACCAUGUAUUUUUUUUUUUGCUGUAAUACAUAUUAGGAAGAAAUUCAAUUAAUUACAUUAUUGCAGGUAGGCCAUUGCGAUCCGAAAUCAGUUCAUCAUAUCUGGGGUAAGAACUGUCGUGAGAAAUAGACUGGUUACAACGAGCCAUAUUAUCGGUUAAUGGAAUUGCCUGUGGAUAGCAUAACAUGUGAUUGUAUACCCAAAGAUAACCCAAUACUAAAUUUUGUGUCAAGAGCUUGUUAAUUUUCCUUGUAGUUUUGAGUAAUGAAUUGAGAAUGAAAGAGAUACCAUUUACUCACAAAACGAUUUUGUGACCUCAAACGUUUGUGACCUGGCUUUUAAUAGUCAAAAUGGGAAUGCAUCCUAUUUUUGGCUGCAUUCUUCAGCUACUUCAGGAGAUGAAACUACAAAAUGCUUGGGACAAAUUGCAUUUGUAGAUCUUUCAUGAAAGUGAAUCAACAGUGAUAUGCAAAUGCGACCAGUACACAUGACUAGACCCUCCCCUUUCACUGCAUACAAAUGGAACUCGUUUAUCCACAAGUUUUCUUGAGUUUCUGUACCUUUGAGGAAGGGGAAACUUCAAGGGAUCUAAGGGUGUCCUGAAAUCAAAGGUUAUUAGGAAUGUUGCCUAACUGCUCCAGUUGAACCAAAAAUUCACGUUUUAGCGUUGACUUCCUCAAAUUAUAGCGGAGUUCUACGCGCGCGCAAAGCGCGAACGAGCGUAGUCCCAUAACUAAGGUAAUAUAUCCAUCCUAGAAAAUUUGGUAAUCACGUGACCGUAUUUAUGGUCAAAAUUUGACAGGUAAGUUCAUGCGGAAAAUCUAUGCAGUAUCUGUAAACUUGUUUACUGAUAGCUGAAGCUGACAGAGUUUUGUGCCAUCUUGUGAUGUUUUAAACUGUCGUUUUUGACUGGAUGUACAAAAUGAAAUACAGCUGCUAUCAAGAUUCUUCUGUUAUUCAUGGCUAGUUUGUUUAUUGGGUUUUUGGUUGAGAAAUACGUCGCUUGUCAACGUCAUCGGAAAUACGAUUUCAGAUGGCAUCAUUUUCAAACAUGAGCUUACUCACUACACCUUGCUUCAAGUGUAAGAGGGGUGAAAAGUCCCAAGCGAUUCUGGCCCUACUUGAUGGCUUUUAGGACCUGUAUUUCGACUGGUAAGCCUCAGUAAUUAUUGUAUUUGGUGUUUGUUUUUUUCUGGUUUUAUGUAGUAGAGCGUAGUUUAGGCGGCUAGUCUAUGCACGUUUGUAAGACAAAAAGAUUUGAGACAAUUAUCUGACCUACUAUUAGGUUUAAUGUAAACUAACAGAACUUUAAAAAGCCUUUAGACAUUUUCUGACCGCAAAUAGAAAGAAAACGUUCCGAAGAAUGCUUAGUUAUAAACUUGGCUGUAAAAAGAAAGCUGCGAACGAUUUUUUUGCCUCGAGUUCAUCUUGAAAAAUACCACUAAAACACCAGGAAGCCGGCGCUUUAAACAUUUUAUGCUUACAUGACUAAGGAUUUUCAGAGACAUUUUACUCUCAAUACCUGGCUUUGUUAAUGAAAAUUGGUGUCUCUGUAAAUGUUUCACCGAAUUACAUUUCUUUUAUUGGUUGUUAGUAGCCUCUUUCGCAAUUUUAAUAGAUGUACCGGUUGUUUUCAGUCGUACAUGAACAUCACAUGCAGCUACUCAAGAUGCCGCGCGACUCAAACACUUUUAAAAAUAAUAAAACCAUAAAUAAAAAAUAAAUAUAAUAAAUUAUUUAUUAUGUUGAAGCGUUAUCAAUCUUCAUUCACAUACUUGACAGCUCGCAUCUCAAAUUUUGCGCUUGAAAGCCCAUAUUACCCUGCAGACCACAUAGGAACAGACUGUUCUGGCUGAACAGUCCCGAAAUUGUGGAAUUCUCUUCAUGAAAAAGUUUUAUAAUGUUGUCAAUUUUAUAAUUUGCUGUUCAAAGGAAGCGCGUGCUUCGAUCGUCCUGAAUGUCCUGAAUAUUGAAUAAGUGCAAUUGUGAAAAAAUUGCAUUCUGUCCGAGGUUUCCACGUUUACCUCAGAUGUGAUGUAUAAAUAGUAUAAAAGACUGGUUUACACGCCACCAGAUUUGUCGGCAAGAAUUUAUAAAGUAAACUUGUCGAACCUCAAAAAUCACGCCUGAUUUUUUAUUUUGGCCUCUGUUUUAGACAGAGGAAUGCAACCUAUAAAUUACAACGUGUAAAUUGGCUACUACAGAUGACUAUCCUGUCCUAUAACCGGCCUUUAUAGCACUGAUAAAAUUAUGUCCAAUUAACCUCUUAUAAAAUAAAGGUGAUGUAGUUGGGCGACUGGGUUAUUUUGUUCGGGAAGAAUUUGCUUUCCAGGCCUAAUAUACUGUGAUCAAAGAUGAUUGCUAUUUUUUCGGAUUAAAUAUAAGACUAUUAACUCGAUGCAAGAGAGCUCGAUGUAAGAUUUUUUUCACUUUUUGACUGUUUGAAAAUUAUGUUUCACAAAAAUCACUUAGCCUUUCCCUCAAACCUCAAAUGAUUGUGCCUUAAAGUUAAUUCAGUGUAGAUUUCAAGUUUAUUGUUUGAUUUAAAUUAUAAACUUAUCAACGGGAGCUUCGCUUUUAGCCCAGGAUAAAUCUAUAUAUUAUGAUAGAUUUGCAAAAUAAAAAAUUUUACUGUUGUCAAUACUUUUAUUGCUAUUAUACAGUCUCUCACGGACACCUUUGGGACUGGUACAAAGUGUCGGUCUUAGAGAGAGUCAAAUAGAGGGAGCAGUGAAAAGUAGGGAGCAACUCUAGCUGUCUGAGUAUAAAGAGGUGUCCGUCUUGAGAGAUUCGAUUGUCAUAACUGUCAUUGUCAACAUCAAAACAUCGUCAUUAUUUAUUCAUUUAUUUAUUUUUGCUGUUUCUCACCUCAGUUUCUCCAGUGAUCAACCUCCAAAAUGAAUACUAUGUUGGGAGAGAGAAACGAGCGUCAAUCUACUGUAACGUUGAAGGAUAUCCCCCACCUACAAUAACUUGGACUCCAUGUGACCCUCAGGAAAAUGUGUGUAAUCAGAAUAUGCUGAAUAUUCCAAAGGUCGUGGAGGACUGCGUUUAUAUCUGUAAAGCCAAAAAUAGCUUGGGAUUUGAUUUUGCAAGUACCAAACUUUGUAAGUUGAUCUGUUUGUUAAAGUGCUUUGCGCACAGUGAACGUCAUUGUUUUAUGGUGGGGCCAAAUCAUCCCUGCAUAUCGGUCAUUUACGGUAUUUUUAAACAUUUUUCUUUACGAAACUGGCCACAUAGUCUCUGUUUGUUGACCGAAUGAUUUUAAGGUUUUAUUUGACGCAAAAUGAAUGAUAACACUAAAAUGAUAUAAAUGACAUUAUAUUCGUAACUCUCGGUCAUUUCCACCCGACAUGGUGUUAGGUUGUCAAGGAGAUUUGGCUGGAGAAAUUUUUAAUAACUUGACGUUCAAGGCAUUUUUCUUACCUCGGGUUUUACAGACUCAGAUGCUUUUAUUUUGGGUUGCAAGCAAAUAUCAUCAAAGUAAUGCCGUACGCGUGUUUGGCCAUAUAUAAGAGUUAAAUGUCAGCUAGAAAUCCUACAACAAAAUUUCAUUGUGCCAAUAUGACAUCUAGCUGUCACAAAUGUCCAAAUGUGUGUUUACUUACGAAUUUUUGGUUACAAAUUGUCGAUGACAGGGAUUUCCUUUGUUUACUUUCUUUACGUUGUUAUUUUGUUUUGGAAUACUAGAGAUUUUAUGUGCGACACCUUAUUUUCAUUAUGUAAAUAGGUACAUCUAUGGAGUUCGUCAUCCAGAGUAGAAUUCCAUGGUGAAACGCCUCAAACGUAAACGUGGAGCUUUUCAAGGAGCUUUCUAGAAAAAAAAUGUUUCUGGAAAAGCAGUAUUGUUUUCUUCCUGGAGGACGAAUGUACAAUGAAUUUUUGAUAGAUUUUCAGGUUUUUGAACGUUAAGAGUGGUUUUCAUUUUGAUGUAUUCAUCUUUUUGAAUACUUUGGUCUUCUCCUUUUAGUGAUCAGAGCUAAGGUAAUCAACUUGACACUUAUCAUCACAAGUAAGGAUUGCAGUGUAAAUGAUCAGUCAUUUUGGAACGCAAUACAAGAUCCGGUAACUUAACACUUUUUUCUCACAUACAGGGCAGUCAAUAAUUUUCUAAUGUUUAAACGCGGACAGAGUAAGCUGGGACCCAUUCUCUGUGGUACUGGUUACUAGCAAAAUCGUAAUCUAUUAAGAAUCUCUUGAAGUGUCUAAACUGAGGUCGACGUUACUGAGCUCGUCGUGAAUAUCCUCUAGCAACGUUAGACAACGGACUAGCGAUUCGCCAUAUUUUUAUUUAACUAUUCGAAUACUGAUAGUCGAAGAAAACAUCAUCUCAUUACGGUACAAUAAAAUGUUGGUAAUAGUGAAGACGCGAGGACACGUUUUACGUUUAUUAACCCUUGUUUACAAGUUCUCCCUUAAAUCCAGAAGUUAACUACUGCUUGCAGCCUUUCAGUCUUAAUUUGCUAUCGACCGGCAGGCCGUCACUAACUGGUUGCAGCAGGGGUGGUACCAUUUAGUCAGGUUCCCACUUUCAGGAUGAGGCUGUUGCACUUUUUCUGGUCACCAAACAGCCCUGAAGUGCUGCUUUAUAGCCUCAAUACCAGGAUGAAUAUCGUGUAGCAAUGGGCUAGCAAGGAGUUUAUUGGGAAUCGCCACGCUCCAAGGGUGAUACUGAAUUGACUGAAUAUGAGGAGCUCAGUUGCGAUGCGUAACAUUGUUACGUUAUUUAGACAUCCGCAUCGGUAACAUGUGGCAUUCGAAUGCAUCAGACAAACAUGGUUUUAUUUUUCUUGGUAUUAAUUUUUAGUUCAGCCAGAUGUUUGAAAAUGAAAGUACCUAUCGCAAAACAACAGUGGUGGACGUCAGGUAUAGAUCUGUUUUCGUAAAAUUUUAGAUUGGAUUCUUAUCAUUAGUUUAAUACAGUACUGAACACGAGCUUAUCGGUUUUAUGCCCGUAUUGGCACGACAAGAAAUAAUGAUGAUGAUGAACAUGAGCUUGGACGAUUCCAAAUCUCCUGUCUAAAACUUGUUAUUCUGAGACAGAUGUUCCCAAGCUCGUAGCAGGAACAAGUCCCGGCAAGAUGCAGUAGCAACUAAUACCUAUUGCGCGCAAUUCUGCCGCAUUUACCUGUCUAUAAAUAUUGUCUAGUAAUCGAAUUAGAUAACGUACCAAAAUCCGCACAAAACAAUAUUUUAACCUUGACUUUUUUAAACUUUCAGAUGUGGGAGUUUGAUUGUCGAUCUUAGUCUGACGUUCAGUUCAAGUGUUACUGAAAAAUGGAUUCUGGACAAACUAAAGGAGACUGCCAAGAAUGGAAAGCUUGGCGAUUUUAGUGUGAACGCUUCAUCUAUCCACGGGACGCAAACUAUUAUCCUUCACACAACCACGUUGCCAUUUAGUACAGCAACUCCAGGCCCACCGGACGGUAAAUUUACUUAACUUGUUUAUAUGAAUCAAAUAAAAGCCAAAUCGUGUUUGCUGUAACGUUCUUUAGGAUUUCUUUACGAUUUUAUUAAGAUUUUCAUAAAUUAAAAUAUUAGCAGCGAAAAGCUUAACUUUAUUAAGCUAAACAUAUGUCAUAGAACACGUAAUUUCUUCAUUCUUGCAGCUUGCCAAGGGUGUUCUUGUAAUUCCUCCAUCUUAAUAGUUUUGGUGAGCAUUCUAGCAGGAAUCAUCGUUGUCCAAGCUGUGUGCCUUUUUUUGGUACAUAAGAAAGGUAUGGUCAAUGGUCAAUGAAUAAUAUUCCUUUUUUUGGAAGAUCUACACUGUUUUUUUGGAAGAUCUUCACUGAUUUUAUUGACGAUAAUACCAGUAAGCUAUUAUCUCGGCGAUAAUACCAGUAAGCUAAGACUAGUCAGAACAUGUUUCACUACUUAAAGGAAGUAAAUGUUAGGGUUAAAAAUUUGCUGCCUUAGGUUCUAUUUUUGCUGAACAAUCAUAACCAAAGCAAUCGACCCUCAAUAAAAUUUGCCAGAAUUUGUGUGAGGAAUUAACAAACAGUUGGUAAAGAGACUGAAGAGGUUCUUGUUUUAGGGCGUUUUGAAAAACUUUCCGCUCAAGACCUCUGGGCUUCCCCCUAGCUGAGAAUCAAUUUUGGACCGAAAUAAAACUCAAAAGGGGACGGGAAGGGGUCACAAUGUGUCAUAGCAUUAUUACUUUUAAAAGAAUGUCAUGUGUCAGUUGACAUGCAUGAUAUUAGCGUUUGUUGCUGAAAUUGCAGCGACAUGGGAUAGACGGCCGUCUAUUACUAUGGAUUAGAUUGACGAAUAGAAAGCAGCGUGUCGAGUUAAGGGGUAAUUGUUCAGAUUGGUCAUCCGUUAUAUCAGGAGUACCCCUAGGACCAAAUUCUUGGCCCAAUCUUAUUUAUGAUUUAUGACACCAAAAUCUAUAGCACGAUCAAUGACCCUAAAUAGGAUACCUCAGCCUUGAAACUUGACCUAAACAGAUUAAGCGAUUAGGCUAACAAUCGACGGUUGCGCUUUAAUUCCGAAAAAUAUGUAGUCAUGCGUACAACGCACAGUAUGGACAAAUUACCCUCUAGGUGAACAACUACAAUCUGUUGAAAGUGCCAAAGAUGUGGGGGUCACCAUAAACUAUAAAGCAUCUUGGGGCAAACACGUCUCCUACAUAGUAAACAAGGAGAACAAAGUGUAAGGUGUAAUCAAGCGAUCCUUCGGAAACGACAAUCGGAAUGCGUUUUCUUGCCACUAAAAGUCAUUGGCUAGACCUAUACUGGAAUAUACGGCCCCCGUUUGAAGCCCGUACCAAAUAAAAGACAUAGAAUCCUUGGAAAAAAAUGCAAAAGAGAGCAGCUCGGUUAGCCUUAAGGCAAAAGCGCGGAUAAAUGAGCUUAGAGGACUGCUGUCGCUUACCGGAAUUGCAAACACUGGACAAACGUACAGAGUUCUUAUCUCUAGUUAAGUGCUAAAUACAACGGAAGAGAUAUCUCCAUUUAACACAGAAGUUUUUUUUUUUUUUUUUUUUUUGAUUUUGGUUUUUUAUUUUUCAAGAGUCUUUACAGAAAAAAAAAAUGGGAUGUCUCCUAUAAAGGGGAAGGCGCCCCAACCCCCACCCCACCUUCCCGCUCCCCCUUUAAUUUACUUUACAAAGGAUUUUAACAGAGAUAUCUCCAUUUAACACAGAAGUUUUUUUUUUUUUUUUUUGUUGACUUUGGUUUAUUAAUUGUCAAGAGUCUUUACAGAAAAAAAGAAUGGGAUGUCUCCUAUAAAGGUGAAGGCGCCCCAACCCCCACCCCAUCUUCCAGCUACGCCUUUAAUUUACUUGACAAAGGAUUUUAACGUCCGAAACUUCUUAUAAUCUUAUACCGCCAGGUUCAACCUUUUAAUUCCUUUUCAGGGAAAGCGAAGGAAAGAAGGUAAACUCUCGAUCAUGAAUGGUAAAAAACUUCUAUACUCGUAAUCAUUGUUUUAGUUUCCCCGUCAAAUUAACAAAAAAAUUAACAAAACAUUUGGAUGACUAGUACACCAAUUGACAUUGCCGCCUUUCAGCAAUGUCAAGUUAUUCGGUUAGAUUUAAUUAUACUGGAGACAAAACGUCUCAUAAAGUAAUGGCCCAUAAGUCUCAACUUGCAAUUUAUUCAGAACGUUUCCCAAAAUAAUGUCAACUAGGAUAUUUUACGUCAAAUAAAAGCUUUUUAGUAGAUGUUGUUAUUCAAGGAAAGUAUACAUAUAAUUAUUUUUAAAAUGUCUUGUCUAACUAAACCAUUUCAGGUUGUUUGCUACGACAAGUGACAAAACAGGAGACUUUCUUGUAAGUUUAUUUAUUUAUUUAUUUUUCAAAAAGCUGCAUUUUUUUCCGCGAAGGAAUAAAAAAUAAAAUGAUGAUGAGCAUGAGGUGAACUGCUUGAAUACAAGUUUAAUUGAUUUUAGAUAAAUGAGUAAAAAACGAGUGCCCUGGAAGGAAGAACUUGUCAAGAAGAAAAGGAGCGAAUUGAACAAAGCCUAUUUGAAAAAUAAGCGCCUCCCCAAUUCUGGCAAUGCGACUUACUUAAAACAAUGAGGUAACGGGAAGGAGCUCAUCAGCUACAGGUCGUCUUAAAGGCCAAACUGACGUGAGGCUGGAGAAAUGGAUGGAUAAUUUUGCCAUACUUUUAGGUUAACCCGUGGUUGAAAACAGAAACCGAGUAAGUAAGAUUGUUCAGCACCAAUGCCUUCACUUUGGAAGAACUCAAUACCAGCAUCAACUUGUUUGCCAACAAUAAGGCACCUGGCAUAGAUGAAAUCCCGGCUGAGGUAUGGAAAAGUGGUCAAUGACCAGUUGCUGGACGUGUGUAAGAUGAUGCUUGAAGGUGGCGGAAAACCUGAGCUAUGGUUCAAGAGCAUUAUAGUCACCGCACCUAAAAAGGGCGAUUUCAGCGAACCUCAGAGCUAUCGUGGUAUUGCACUAAUUCUAACAGCAGCCAAGAUCUAGAAUAGAAUGCUCCUUAACGGGACCCGCCCCCACUUAGACCCUCUACUGCGCACAAAUCAAAACGGGUUCCGACCAGGAAGAUGAACAGUUGCUUAGAUACUUACAGCAGUUCUUACCUUUGUUGACUUCAAAAAGGCGUUUGACUCGGUGAACAGAGACAGAUUGUUGGACAUUCUGAAGGCUUACGGCAUCCAAGAUCAAAUCGUCUCGGUUAUAGCGUCGAUGAAUCAUAACACUGGAGAGCUAAAGUUUUCUCACCUGAUGGUGAAACAGAUUUCUUUACUAUCCAUGCUGGAGUACUGCAGGGUGGCACAUUAGCUCCGUUCCUGUUUAUCAUAGCGCAUUAGACUACGCAAUGAAAUGCUCAAUUGAAGGCUACGAAGACCUUGGAUUAACACUGACUGAGAGAGGACGUCGUUGCUUGCCUGCAGUUAUGAUCACUGACACAGACUUUGCUGACAACAUCACAUUGAUUUCAGAUAACUUGAAUAAAGCCCAAUCACUGCUAGGGCGAGUUGAAACUGCUACUACAGAAGUUGGUCCGCACAUUAGCACCAGCAAGACUGACUACAUGGCCUAUUACCUCGUACAACAGGGCGACCUUACUACCCUAGACAAUUCAAAGCUAACACAAGUGGACGAUUUCAAGUACCUAGGCUCUUAAAGGAAAAGCUUGGGCCGCUAGCAACAAACUAACAGCGGUGUGGAAAUCAAUCCUCAGCAGAGAAUUGAAGAUAAGUUUCUUUAGAACUUCAGUUGAAUCUGUUCUAAUGUACUGGUCAAAAGAGAUGGACAUUAACUGCUGCAAUGGAAAAACAACUUGAUGGCUGCUACACAAGGCUGCUACGUACGUGCUGUUAGAGAAGCGAUAAAGAGACUGUUGUCCAAAUAAUACCUUUGGACCCAAAACACGGCAGACGCUCAAGGGGGCGCCCAGCAACCACAUUUAUUGACCAACUAGAGAGUGAGAGCGAUCUUUUCAAAGCAGGAUCUUGCAUCUGUUAUGGUCAACAGAAGGGAAUGAGACAGACUGUGCGGGUGCGCCCGAAAUAGAUAGAUAAAUAGAUAUAAUGGUGGCAGUUGUAACGUCGGGAUGGUCGAGAUGUGGUCACGGCCGUUUGAGCGACUGACCUGGCCACUUGAUAGAGGUUGAAUUUACAAUUCUUUUCUACAAUUAUUUCGGCAUUCUAACAACUGGCCUCUUAGUAGAGGCUGGCAGCUUAAUGGAGAUUCUACUGUGUUAGUGUGAUAUAAAGUUUAAUCGUCAUGGUCUGACACGAUACAAAUAUUUGAGUUCUUCUCAACAUUUCAUACAAUGUUUCUGUCAUAAAUUGUAUUCCAUACCACAUGCACAAGUGUAUGCGCUUAUGCCAUUUAUUACAUCACUAGUACUUGUGCGCUAUGAAUUAUACACUGUAGGCAACACAGAGCGACCCUUCGAGAAAUUGAAAAACGCGACAAAGACUGGUUACUGAUGUACGCUGUCGAAAAGGUUUCCUUUAAAAAAUUUCCGUCGUGCACUCUACGACAAGAAACAAAAAUUGAAUCUGAUAUCCCAAAAUGUACCCUAAAAUGUACCUCGUGCCCAGGUUUAAUUCAGUGUCACUGAGAGAACUUCAUUUCUUGCCUCUUUGCAAGUUCAGCCCGCAAGAAAAACAUUCUAUGACAAUCAUAUUCAAAAGCGCGGAAAAAAUAACUUAAUGUGAAGAGACCCUUUAAAAAAAAACCAGCUUGUACGGGGUUCGAAACCUUGACCGAUGCUUAACCUAACGCUCUAUCAACUGAGCUUAAGUUUGCUCGACCCAGGUAUUAUUGUAGGCAUACGUUUCACCUUUGGACCUCUUAUAGCUUGGUCUUUAUUGUCAAUACAUUACAACAUUGAUAAUAAUAAUAAUUUCAUAACUUGUAUUGCGCAGGUAUUCGUAAAAAAUGAUCAAAUGCGCAUUACAUUAGUAAUAAAAGCAUGGAAAAAACUAUUUACAGUACGAAAAUUCACCAAAAAGAAUAAGAAUGUAUUCACUUCUAAAAUAAAAAUCUAAAUUAUCGAUAUGUAACAGUCAAAAUUUAUUCAACUAUAAUCGGCAAACUUACAAAGCUACGUCUUAAAAAGGCUCUUAAAAGUAUGCAAGUAAGAAAUGUUGCAAAGCCCGCCUGGUAAAACAUUCCAAAACUUGGGCGCAGCCACCUGGAAGGACCUAUCGACUAGCGUAACCUCAGUUCUAAAUGUUGGCGAUGCUAGCAAAAUCCCACCAGACGAUCGGAGGUUAUAUGCGCCUUGCAGUUUCAAAGAAACUAAGUUCUGAAAGUAUGCCAUGGAUAGCCUUGAAUGUGAUGAACAAAAUCUUAAAAUGAAUGCGCUGCUUUAACGGAAACCUAUGUAGCUCAUACAUGGUGUAAUAUGGCUGAAGCGCAGAGUGCAGCAAAGUCUUUUCGUCGUUUCUAGUAACAUAAGUCGGUUUCUAAUCAUUCAAUUCGUUAAAUCCAUGAUGCAAUCACGCAUAGCCAUUAAUGCACUAGCGUCAUCACCCUGCACCUUUGGACUGAAUGCCAAGUACAAUUGGGCAUCAUCGGCGUAAGAGUGCACGCUUGGCAAGUGUAUACGCACUAUAUGGAGUAAUUCGCUGGUAUAUACUAUGAACACCUCUUGCGCGAACGGAAAGGUAUCUGACAGCCCUACAUUAACUGCAACACACUGUGUACGGUCGGAGAGGUAAGAUGUAAACCAGUUGAGUGCCUAGUCAGUCACUUCAAGUCUUGACCUUAACCGAACAUGCAGGUGAUUAUCGGUAACAGCACGUCAAGAAUCUAUAGAACCAUAGAUGUAGGUGAAGGAUCUAAAGGACACGAUUUCAUGGUUGCGUUUCUAAUAAUCAAAGAAACUUGGUCUUGUGUAUUGUCAACGUGUUGAAUAUCACGUGACAAUAACAUCACAAUCGUUUUCGCUCUCAAUCUAAUUGCAGCGCUUAUCCGUAUUUUCUCUGGAAAUGCUUUAUGUCAAAAGUUUUGGGUGCUUGCCUUCUGAUGUGCGAAGUUUCACAAAAACAUUGAGGUAUUGUGGAAUUUCUACAUUAAUGCUAUAAUUUAUGCGCAAACUGAAUACUGGACUUUAUGGAAGCAAAUUUGCUACUUCCUGGACGUUUCUGGGAAAUUUUGUCACUCAUUGUUUUAACCUGAAUGACCCUUUUACGUUCUUUAGACCGCUAGAGGCAGGUAGACUUGCGGGAUUUCGAGAGACAGGAAAGUAUGUAUAUGCACCAGGGUAAGACAGUAUUCAGUUUACGCAUAAAUUAUAGCCCUCAUGUAGAAAUUCCACGGUAUCUCGAAAUUCCUGUAACAGAUUUUUGUGAAAAUUCGCAAAUAAGGCCUAUAAUUCGAUUAAGAGCCCUUGUGACGUCAUUUUCACGUGAUAUUCAUUCCGAUUGCGACAGCUACAAUAUCAUAAUGCUUUUUACUCUAUGUGUAAUCGUCGUAUUAUAACUUUUUUGCAAUGAAGACCAAACUGUUUGCGUAUGAGAGGCCCAAAGGUAAAGCUAUGUCCACAAAAAAUACUGGGUCCAGGGUCCAGCCACCUUAAGAAAGCCAACUGGGAUCUGGUCAUGUAAUGUUUUCGUAUGAACAUGAAAUAAUGAAUAAAUGAAUAUCAUAUAGAAGAAUAGAAAAAAGUUCCGUCUAUAACUGCAAUGAUGUUCGCAUUUAAUACUUAAAGUGGUCUGUUCUCGUUUAUUUCAGGAUGCAGUACAAAUGGAACAUCGUCAACCAGAGCAAGUUUCCCAUGAACAACAGCCUUCAGAGGUUUCUUCUGGACGCCAAUAUAUGCCACUGGUUAAGGCACGCCAGUACUCUAAUACAACAGAAGUCAUACCGUCAAGCGAAACUACAUCAUCAGACCAGUAUGAACCUCUAAACUCGUCAACAAUUUCUUACGAGAUUCUUCGGGAGAACGUGAUUAUUGAGAAAAUAAUUGGCAAAGGUGCUUUUGGACAGGUUGCUAAGGGAAAGGUUACUGGCCUAGGAGGAACAACGCAUGAGACACAAGUGGCUGUCAAAAGGUUAAAAGGUAAACUAUUGAUUGAUCACUGUAACCAACAAUUUAAGGUUACAAUAACCACAAAAGUGUAACUGGCAUGAGACGAACUAAUUACUUUUGACAAAAACAUUUCUUGAAAACGUUAAUUACCUCAUAUUUCAGCGAACGCACCCGAGUCGGACAGAAAGGACUUGUUAUCGGAGCUUGAAGUGAUGAAGACGUUGAAGCCUCAUCCACAUGUCAUCAAGCUACUAGGAUGCGUCACCGAAACUGGUAAGUUAGAUUUUAAAUGAAUUAAUUUAACGUGAUUUGCUGGUUUUCAGCUGCGCACCUCUCACCGCGCGUAACUAGAUGGCCUUCGUUAAAAGGAGCGUCCGAAUAAACAUUAUAGCUAUUGAAGCUGAUCGAACAGAAACUUUAACGUUAACGGUUUUAACAUUUUGUUUCUGUUCGAGCGGAGUCUCAAUGUGCCGGGAUUAUGCAUAACGUAAGCGCUACGCAUGUUGCUGACCUCAACGUCGUUACCGAGGCCUCAAUAAAGGAUGUAAAACUUGUGCUAAGUUACAUCAAGUAGCAUUUAAGCUCCGUCUUCAUCUAAUUGCUUCCUAAUUGUUUUAUUCCGAUCUAUCUUCUUUAAAAUCGUAUAUUUCAAUGCCUCCUUCUAUCAACCAUGCAAUAUCAUUUUGAAACUCGUCUUAGUCCUCCCUCAUAGUUUAGAAGGAAUGCAUAAAGUGUCCACUUUCGAGAGAAAAUGGCAACUUUACUUAAUUGCACGGACUGAGAAAUUUGGAAUCAAAAAGCACAUAUCCAAAGUAAGAUUAAACCAACUCUGCAAAGCAAAGCGAUUCAUAGGUAUGUUCUGGUUCGUAGGUGUAUAAACAAUAGAAUGGGGUCAAUGUCUUUUUGUUAUCAAGUGGAUAAUGGAAAAAAAGUGCGCCUUUUUGUUGACAAUCCUGGGCGAAAGUCCUUGGGACAGUGAUGCAAUAUUCAUAAUUUCCUGUAAGUUUGGGUGCCGUAAUAAAACAGUGCAGCCUUUUCGAAAAUAUAUGUCAGUUCUCCCUCCCUCCACCCUAUAUAAUGUCGAAACUUGGAAUUUCGGGCUACAAGCGUCCAACGCUGUUUGUGGGGUAGAGGUGGGUAUGUGUCAUUUGAAAAAAGACCCACAAAAGCAAAUUGUCGUAAGAUUUUCCUCCGUGCUCUCGUUGUCUAAGGCUGCGCACACUUUUCGCGAAACAUCGUUAAAUUGCAGUAUUCUUUAGCAUUGUACCGUGAAAACGAGCCCGGUGACCUCCACUUUUUAUAACUUUUUUUAAAUCAUCGUCUCGAUUUUUUUUGUCUAGGUACCUAAGUUUCAUCGCAAAUCUAUGACAGGUUCUUAUACUUGGGAUCACCUUUACCUUAACCAUACAGUCCAGCCCCAUAUUAAUGCCCUUUACAGUUCAAGAGCUUCCUUUUUUAAAUCUUGUUUUUUCGUUUAUAAAAGCAAAUAUCAACAGCUUUUAAAAGUAUAUGCUAAAACGUCCUUCUUCUUCUUCUUCGUUUUCUUUCUUUCCUUUGUCGUCUUAAUUUUCCCUCUUACGUCUCACUCAACUCUCUCUAUUCACGUCUAACUAAAUUAAUACUUCAUUCUUUUCACUCAGAGCCCUUGUUAAUCUUAAUUGAGUAUGUCCCGUAUGGAGAUCUCCUGGGUUACCUAAGAAAGAGCCGUGGAUUAAAGGACACUUAUUACAAAGACCCAGAUAUCAAACCCCAAACAAGUCUGACAUCACAGAGGCUUAUAACCUUUGCUUGGCAAAUUGCUGAUGGAAUGAGUUACCUCUCUUCGAAAUCUGUAAGCUGAAAUGUUUGCCUGUUGUAUUUAAAUCAGUUUCUUGCUGACCUGACUGUCUCUAUUUUGCAACAAAAAUUAUAAUGAGUACACUCAGGUACCCUCAAUUUGAGCCACUUUCUUGUUUUUGCGUUUUAAUAAGCCCCUCUACAAUAGUGAUUUCAUGAAAUUUUUUGUAAAACAUGCAGGCUGGACAAAUGUGGAUUAAGACGUUGUGAGGUUGUACUCAAAAUUUGAGAAUUUUUAAUAGACAGAUACUAUAGUAAAUCUUAAAGAAUGAGUUCAGAAUUGUAAUGAAAUGUAGCAGUAUCAAACUAGAACAGAAGGAUUUGACCGUCUAGAGUUCAUGUGUGAAUAGCAUAGUUUUGUGAAAUCUUACACAGAUUAUUCACCGAGACCUUGCUGCUCGAAAUGUUUUGGUCGGAGAGAAUGAAAUUUGUAAAGUGACAGAUUUUGGAAUGGCAAGGGAUGUGCAACAGGAAAACAUUUAUGAAAGAAAGACAAAGGUAUGAAAUAUAUUUGAAACAGACCUAAAAGAGAAAGCACUGAUGUUAAUAAUCCACUUAACCCUCUUCAAAACGGGCUUUUUUGCUUUUAUUUCGCGGAAACGACGUUCAUUUUUGGGAUAAAUCUUCUUGUUGCUGUUCCGACAACCCUGCGUUCAGUUUAGUUUGCAAGCUACCCGUCCCCUAAAAGAUUACCCGCGUAACAGUUACCACGGCAACUUCAAUGUUGACGCACGCAUGAAGACCACUCUACAAUGUUCCCAGAUAGUUUUUAGGAAAAAUGGCUAAGUUUGGUGGUCAUAGCGUAAACGGUUUUGAAGUUAUACAAUUUUUUUGCAAAGGGGUUUGAAUAGGGUUAGGGAAAGUAUACAUGUGGGCUCUGUUGAUGUCGUUACUUUCUAGAUCACAUGUUUUAAGAAGAGCUGCUCUCCAAACAAAAUAUUGCACAUGUACUUUGUUGAUUGUCGAAGUAUGCACACUUUGAAUUGGUUGGUUUUGCCACUGACAUACUCUGAGUAAUAAUAAAUUAUUUGUUUUCAUAUGACGUCACCAAAAUGUAUACUAAGGAAUUAUCGAUCCUUUUGAGUUUUUGCUUUCAUGGAGUAUUAGAGGAGCUAAAAAGAUAUAUGCUUACAAAAUUUCUGUUCAUAAAGGUCCUUUGUUUUGUGGUAGAGUACGCUUGAAUAUUUCUAUCUGAACAGUCCUCAUAUAGUGUAUUAGAAAAUUUAUUACUGUUUAGGAGUUCCUUGAGGGAUGAAUUCACUCUUUUGUAGCAAAACUCGGUAACAGAUGUUUCUGUUGGUUCCCGGCCUCAACGUCGGAACCCCCUAGAGGGUCACCAACGUAGCGUCUCCACGGUCAUUUACAUUUUAGGUAAAAUAUCUCUCCAAAUAUUUGGCAUAGAAAAAAUUCCAUGCACAUCAAUCUUGGGAAGAGUCUUUGCAUAUUUAGCUUCUAUAUUACCAGGAUUCAGGACUAUCUAUUAAACGAUUGGGAUUUAUAUUUUCGAUGGUGUAACACAGUGAAACCAGCAAUUAAUAUGGCUAAUGACUUGCCAACGCGCUUAGAUGUCUUAAUACUACGCUUGGCUUCGAAGCAUAUUGUGGAGGCAAAAUAUUGGUGGUUUUCACUGUGACGCCGUCGAAAACGAAAAUCAAAGCUGUGGAAUGUCUGAAGCCAAGAAUUUCAGAUAUUAUAGAAUAUCGAUGAAUUAACGACCUGGCCAAGUCUCACGUCUGUGCAGUUUUCCGCAGCUGAGUUGCUCUUCAAAAUGCGUAAGAGAAAUUUAUACGGCUCAAUAUGGGGACUCCAUGUUUGUGCUCCUCCGAGCCGCACAAAUAUUAGUCGGAGUUUGCUACAGUUUAAGACUAUGAUUGUCUUUUUUUUCUACUAUUUCGCCUACUUUUCGUUAAUUCUCUAUUCUAUCUUAUUUGUCAAGUUGGUAUCUGUCUUGUUCGUUUACCCUGUUCAUAUGUAGGGUCGUUUACCAGUGAAGUGGACCGCAUAUGAAGCCCUACUUUUUGGAAAAUACACCACCAAGAGCGACGUGUAAGGAAAUUUUUUCUUCUGCUUUCAAUAACACAAAAUUAAUAACAUCAGACGCUGGAUUAAAAAGCGUUACUGACGCCAAUAAACAUCUCUCCCAUCUACAAGUAGAAGCAGAAUAAGAUUAAGAUGUUUGUAAAAAAUUUUGUAAAAUGAAGCAAAAUAUAUCUACCUUUUCUCGCUUUCUUUUGUCCCAUUUAGGUGGAGUUAUGGAGUUUUACUUUACGAAAUUUUUACAAUUGGUAAGGGUUAUUAACUUUCCAAGUUUUUUGCUGUUGUUGUUAUUGUUGUUAAUGUUUGUUUGUUUAUAUUUUGUUUGUUUGUUUGUUAUUUUUAAAAAACGUAUAAAAUCAGUUCCGUUGGAAAAAAGUCAUUAAUAAUAACGUACUUUAAAGCUCGCGAAUGAAAAUUUCAAACUUUCCUCAUUAUAUGUGUGAAUGGUAGCACCAUAUGAGGUAAUAUUAUUGUAAGCUUCAGUAAAGAGAACACAUAGGGAACCCACACUCUUAUCUGUAAACUGCAAAUGGAAAUCAAAUGAGAGAUAAAAAAUUACCUGUUCUGUUCUUGAAUUUGCUGCGGAGCAAAGUGAAAUGGGAGAUGUUGUACGACGCAAAAACGAUGUUUGUUUCAGCUCUUUGCCCUUAAAUUUCACAAUUCUUAUUCUAUGUGGUUUGUCUCGCAUUUCAUUGUUGGUGUCACGCGGUUGUUAAUAUCGUCUCGCUUUUAACUGUUUGGUUAUUAAUUUAUUAACAAUUUGAAUUAACGGUAAUGGAUGGUCACAUGGGUCGAAACUCCACAGCUGCUCUCGUAAAAUCUGUGCCUCCAGUUGACUGGACCAGUUUACCACGUAAUGCCGCGCGAGGUAACAUUCCACGAUGACCAUUCCAGUUAAAACGAAUACAACAAGGCAACAUCUGGAUAUAUAUACAAUCGAACUAAGCAGAAAAGCUCCUCUCAGACGUUAAACGUAAAGUUGACUUUCGGUCCAGUCAAGUGAAGGCAUUUAUAGCUCGAAAAGUCAGUAAUCAAUUUCCGGUCAUUUUUGAAUGCGAACAUUUUUAUUUUAGAUAGAAAAAGGUGGCCCACCUUACAUUUUAUCCCUUCAACUGUUGUUGGGUUAAAUUUUGUGAAAAAGCCGCAAGCCUUGAGUACGGCCUGAAAAUAAAUCGGUCCCCAAGUUAAUUUCAUACCUUGCCUCUUUUCUCUCUCCCUCUCUCGCGCGCUAAUUACAGUACCGUUAAUUGAUAACCAACAGUGAAAUACCAGACGAUAAUAACAACCGCGUGACACCAACAGUGAAAUGCAAGACCAAACCCAUAAAAUUAAGCAUUGUAAAAUUUACGACAAAGUGCUGACACAAACAAUAACAUCGUUUUUGCAUCGUACAACAACCUCCCUUUUUUUUUUGCCCCGCAGCAGAUUCAAGAACAGAACAGGUAAGUUUUUUUCUCUCAUUUGUUUCCAUUUGCAGUUGACAAAUAUGAGUGUGGGUUCCCUAUGGAGAACACAGCAGUGAAACGUCGUGGACAGAAACCGGAAGUUGGUUGCUUCGCUUGAAUCAUCCCGUCUGACGAAAGAAGUUCGUCGAAAGCCUUUUUAGACUCAUGUCAGGGGCGCUAUCCGGUCAGAUCACUGGUAAAGACUGCAGGAAAACGUCAAAUUCUGAUUUAGUUUUGACGUCUGGAAAGGCAAAAUUCUCUUCGCCAAAGGUCGCGUAUGAUUAUUGCAACUUUUCAAAGCACGUAACUACAUAAUGGAAUUUCUGGUGCCAGAAUGGGGCAGAUAUAUAUAUUUUCUCCUACAUCAGGAAAGUAAACAUCCACUUAUAUUAUAUUGAUCCUUCCAAUUUGAGUCAAAGCAACUAUAGCAACACAAAAAUUUUUUUGCAAGCACAUGCCAUGUGCCAACGUGUUGUCAUAUCAACACUGACUGGCUUAAUGGUCUCUUUUAGGAGGUUCCCCUUAUCCUCAAAUGGAUGGCAGGAAGAUUGUAAGUUUACUUCAGGACGGAUACAGGAUGCCUAAACCAAAACAUGUUGCUGAUGAACUGUAA